AUGUCAACUUUUGACGAAGCUAAUGCGACUCCCUGGGCCGGAACCCCUGGUCUCUAUGCAAUUUUCAACAUCGACGGCCAGACCGCACUUGACGAAGACCGCAACGGCAAGCCCCAGGUGAUUCACGGAUGGGAGUUUGGCGACUCAUUCAACAUUUCCAACGUCAACCAGCUCUGGCAGCUCGCUGACAUUGGCGAUGGGAAGUGGCUAAUUAUCAACAAGAAGACUGGCCAGUACCUUGCCGCCAAAGACGAUGGUGGCGCCGUCGUCCCGCAGACAGGUGAUGUCGAUUUGAAUGUGGCGCACUGGCGCAUUACAUUGGCUGAGGCCGGCAACUUGAAAAGGUUGUACAUUUACAGUUGCAGGUUCAAUGGCGAUUGCCUGGCUCUUGACAAUGGCAGCGGUAACAACGGCACGAAGAUCAAGUGCACUACUCAGAACACAAAAAAGAAAGGGCAGGUGUGGGUCGUCAAGAAGCAGAACUAG